UUUGCCUUCGUGGAGUUCGAAGAUCCGAGGGAUGCUGAAGAUGCUGUGCUCGGCCUCGAUGGGAAGAUAAUAUGUGGCUCCAGGGUUAGAGUGGAAGGGUCAACGGGGAUGCCUCGUCGCUCNCGUUACGCCAGGCCUCCUGCCCGGCGCCCCUGUGACCCCAAUGACAGAUGCUAUGAGUGUGGUGAGAAAGGCCACUAUGCUUAUGAUUGUCACCGCUAUAGCCGCCGAAGGAGGAGCAGGUCCCGGUCUCGCUCCCGUUCAAGGUCCCGUGGCAGGAGGUAUUCUCGGUCACGCAGCCGGAGUCGUGGUAGGAGGUCAAGGUCAGCUUCCUACCGCAGGUCUAGGUCAAUCUCUCCUCGUAGAUACAGAUCCUUUUCACCCCGCAGGUCUCGCUCCGGUUCUUUAAGGAGAUCAAGAUCUAGGUCCAGAUCACGCUCCAGGUCCCGGUCUGUUGUAUGGCCUCGAAGCAGUCGCUCAAAAUCCAGAUCACCAUCUCCAAAGAGAAGUCACUCACCAUCAGGAAGCCCUUGA